CUCAUGCCUCAGCUACGCAGGCCACACGUGAUGCAGCCACUAACAAGCUAUACGCUACAAUCAAUUCUCUACGUGCAGAAAAAAUCACACCAUAUUUCCACAACCGAAAUCCGGAGAAUUCUUGAUGCCCAGGCUGUUGCUGCAGCUAAGAAACAACACGCUAAGGAGCUUCGAGAGGCCGCCAAGUUACUUAAGAAGGAAGCUAAGAUAGAUGAAGAUGAGAAUAAGCAGAAGAGGAAGGAAGCCGUCGCCAAGCGAGUCGAAUUGCGUGUGCACAAGCUAGCCAAGGAGAAAGAAUAUAAAGCUACACAACGUCAACGUAAACAAGUGCAAAAGAGGUACGAUGACGCCAUUAUAGCCGACAGCCAGAACGGCAGCCAAAUCACGAAAAACGCUGUCAAGAAGCUUCAUGAGGCUUUGUUGAUUGCUUCAAGUGCUGAUGCAAUUGCUAAGACAGCCGUUGAUGAAGCCAUAUCAGCAUGGCAGCAUGCCUGCGUGCAUGUGGCCUCCCUACAGAACUCAACACAGAACUCAACACAGAAUGCAGGGGCUGAUGAGAUGGAAAUUGAUCAAUUCGAUGAACAAUUUGAUGAGGAAUUUGAUGAGGAAAUGGAUGAGGAAAUUGAUGAGGAUGGGGAAAUGGAUGAGAAUCGCGUGCUGGAGAGUGUUGAGGGGGGCUACUAUUGAGUGAACAAAGUGAUAUCAUAGGUGAACGAGUUGGAACAAGUCUCAACACCAUGUUAGAGCUUGUAUAGAUAGAUGUUGUAUCAAUU